GCCACCAAGUCCAAGUCCCCUGUCGCCCCCUCAUCGCACCCCUGGGGUCGUGGCACGUAAGUCGUUGUCGUCACUAUUGCAGAGUCAAAUGUUAUUAGCGCCCUCAAAGCCCAAAUCACGAUCAACAUAUUAUGGGCUUACUCCAUCUGAGUACGCUGCCUACGGAGGGAUAAGGACUAAAGCAUCCCCUCACAGCCCUGCAACCCCCAGGGCGAGUAAAACCUCUUCAAGCAAGUCAGACGUGGCUCAGUCUGAUGCAACACUACAAAUCAAUGGACUUCAAGAUCUUCCGUCCUCUAGGGAGGUUUCUGGUCUUAACAUUUUACAACCGCCGGAGGAUUUUGAGCUUCCAGCUGAAGGGAUCGUCACACGUAGCAAAGAUGUCUUUGAGGAAACUCAGUCUGCAGCUCAAAGUAUUGGAAUACAGUCAGUUAAAACAAUAAAACCUGAGCUCCCCAUUGGCCUGUCACAGAACACAAUGCAACAAUUCACAAGUGGUGUGUCCACACCAAAAGCCUCAAACUCUGAGGAUCCAAUAUCAAUGUCUAAAGCAGGUGAGGCAAAUACACAAAGUGUGGCACGAUUUUCUAUAGAGGCAACACGAAAUACGACUCCAUGUCGGACUGAUAGCAACGGUCUGUCAAGGUCUUCCUCACCCUCAGUGAAAGUAAAGCAAAAUGUUGACACACAGCGUAGUUUAACAAGGAUAGAGAAGGGUCGUAAUCCAGAGAGAACACCUAAUAAAGGAGAAUCCAAGGUUAUUAAUGCCAAACAACAGUCAGAACGAGUAGAAAUAUCUCCGGUCCAGUCUUUCCAAACUCCCGGUGGAGUCAAUUCAUCAACAGCCAACGGUCUCAAUGUCCAUCUCACUGCCAAGCCUGUUAAAGACCCAGCCGAUCGUAAAAACCUGGUUGUUCAGUCUCCUGCCACAGAUUUGGAGCCCAAAUUCUCCAGGAAUGCCAUCAUGAAUAGUGCAUUAAUCUUAGGAAUACAACAAGCCAUCCAACUGGUCUGUGGAACACCACUGGCCAGUAAAGCGUCUGCUGACGCGGUUUCACAUAAACCAAGUAAAGGAGUUAAUCAGCACAUUAAAAUGAGCAGUGACGUAACUUUACUCAAUAAAACCAACAUGGGGAACAUUUUGCCUUCCGUGGCUCGUAAUACCAAACUCACCCGUCACAAAGCAAACACAGAGUCCCAAUUCUCAAAUAAAUUCUGCAAAGAAUCAAUUAUCUCUUCAACGGGAUCGGUUUUCCAACACGAGGCUGUCAAAGCAUCCGUAUGUUCUGCACAGCAGAGUCCCAGCACAACAUCUCAAGCUGUACAGAGCACAGCAUCCAUGCAACAGUAUUGCACUGAAACAAGAAACCACAGGAGCAGUCCGUUGGUAGGACACAGGGUGCAAUUACCUGGAGAAAGUCUAACUGUGGCGUCUCCUCAAACACAAAAUAUACCUAAUGAUAACGGUAAUGUAGUGGGAGGCAAACCUACCACGGAAACCAAACUACCUGACCCUUCUGUCACUCUCACCAAAUCACCCAACAUUUCCGAUACGACCUCCAAUGUGCCCACACAAGAGAACCCAAAGCUCACCAAAACCAUGAAGGGUGAACUUCUAAACACCCUGAGUAGCAUGUUAUCCAGUGGCCAAGAUAAAGUUGUUCAAAGAGCAAAUUUCCAUGCAAACUCGAGAGCGACGGUCGUGUCCACACAAGUAGUUGGACCCAGCCAUACCAUUUCUCCUAAAGACGCGAUACUGUCAACUCAAGUUAGUACAGAACCUGAACUCAACGCUUAUAAUAAUAUCGGCACUAACAGAGUCGGUAACUCAACAGUCGACGCAGCAUUGCAAUCACAACUCGCCAUCGGAAAAGUAUGUUUAAUGACUGGAAAAACCCCCACCGAGAGCCCCGGUGGAGCUGUUACAGCAGAACACAUUCAAACCAAGUGUAGCAUAGACUCAAGACCAGCUUCUAAUCUUUUAAAAGGAAGCUUAUUAGAUGCUAUUCAACAUGGCGGACCCGUUGCAGAAACCGCCCGGUCCAACAAAUCCAGUUCAGGCAGCAAUGUUCACGUCCCCAACAAGCCUCAUACAGAACCCAUCGGGCCCACGAAGACAGACCCGGCCGUGGGCACUAAAGCAUCACUUCAUACGGGGCAGGUUCUUAAAACCACCAUGCCUCCUACCAUGAGGCACGUUCCACUAAAAAGCCCUCGGCUGAGAUUAAACGGACCUGAGAGUCUACCCGCGACCAAACCAGCCGUCGGUGCAAAACCCCUUUCUGGCCCUGUUGCUCCUACGAGAGUCUACAAAAACUCAAAAGCAGGUGAUAGACAGGUGGCCGACGUUCUGGCUGAGUUUAGAUCGUCCGAGACAUCCGCAUCACAAAGUGCAACUAAAUCCACCGUAAUAGAACAAUCUCCUUUCCUUCAGCCAAUUCUAGUCAAUGAAUCUGAAGCGACAAGGACAACGACGUCUCAGACUGAGACCACGGUUUCCUCUUCCUGUGGUUAUGUCGUGGCAAACAGUGUGGAGCAGAAAACCAGUCAAAUCAAGUUGUCUGGAGAUAAAGUUCAAACCUCUGUUAUUUCGGAGAGCUCUCAGACUGGAGCGAUACAGUUACGGCAAUCUGCCACUGACACGUCUACAGAAACCAACAUUCACGCUGUCCAUGCCGUCUCACGCGUUCAUUUAAAUAACCACACUGCAAAUAAUAUUCAACCUCUUGCUGAAGCCACCAGAGAGGCUACAGCCCCACUCGUCCCUUCGAGAGUAACUAAACCUUGGAGCUCAACCAGAAGCUCUCCUCGACUGCGUAAUACACCCUUGCCCCCGUCUCCUAAAAUACCAGCCUCUUUAAACCAGAAACCUUCUCCUGUCAUUACGAAAGACCAGACCAACGAUCCCAUUGCACCUCUGAGAAAUAAAAAGCCCACUAGCACCGUUCAGCCCGCGGCUAAUUCGAUCGCAGAGAAUAUCUCAAAAGCCGUUACGACUAAAGACCCGUCAGUCCCGGAGGGAGAAGUACUUUCCCAAAUGCAAAAGAUAAAAACAAACCCAGGAACAAAUUCCAGAAAGGAAGGAAAAGCCUCCUCACUGAAAUCUGAAACUGGCGCUCCCAUCCAAUCCGCCGUUCCUGUUUUAACCAGUAAACCCACUUUAGAAGCACAAGCUCUCACUAAGAAGGUCGGAUCAAGGCCGAUAGAAUCCUCAAAGUCUUCCCCCGAUCCGGUCCAGAUUAGCUCGCACACCGAUAACGUUCAGAAGCUACCGCUAGAGAAUGUGUCCCCCGCAAAGCCAGCAACAGAUUCUGUGGUGAAAGCGUCCGUAGUUAAAGCCGCCGUGACUGACUCUGCCACUCCUGCCUCCCUGCCUCAGGCCUCAGCCUCAGUCAGAGCUCCGUCCCCAAACAGAGGAACGUCACCGCCAUCUCAGCCAAAAGCUGGACUCAAAGACAAGGACGUCCCGAGGACCAAAGCCGCGGCGGCGCCGACGGGAGCCCCGGCGGUCGAACCCUCCACCGAGUCAGCGACAUCAACUGCAUCUUCAACUGCUGAUGGCGAGAAGGCGGUGGCGGCGGUGGCGGUGGCGGUGGCGGCGGCCUCCCGACCGUCCGCCGAGCCCAAAGUGGCCCAGAAGCCGGAGGGCCUGAAGGGGAAGCUCAGCGGGUGGACGCGGCUCAAGAAGCACAUGGUCGUGGAGCCGGAGGAGCUCUUGUUCCCGGCGCCGAAGGCCGGAUCUCAAGUCGAUUCCGGCGGCGCCGAUAAGAAGACAGACCGGGUUGUUGAGAAGUCAGCAGACCGCCGCGGUAACCAGGAAGUCAUGGACAACAAGGACGUGGGCUUCAAGAUGUGGGACGUCCUCCUCUUCCAGAUGUUCUCCACCAAAGACCGGAUUAUGCAACAGAUCAACGCAAACAAGGAGCAGCAGAAGAAGAAGGAGGCCGGAGACGCCGAAGUGGAAGCGCCUGCGUUCGCCAGCCGGCUGCCGGUCCUGCUGUACAGCCCCCGCUUCGACGCCAGGAAGCUGAAGGAGGCGGCGGAGAAGCCGCGCGCCAAGAUAUCCGCCGUGUUUGAAAAGGGUUUGAUCAAACGAAGGUCGCAGGAGGAGGAACACAAGGACUUCAACAGGAAGGCGCGAGGAUUCGGUUCAUCGGAAACUUCAGGUGGUAAAGUCAAAGUCUGUUUGGGAUGAACGGCGAGCGGAGGAAGGAAGAGACGAUCUCACAAAGGACUCGGAAGAAACGGAGAUUAUAUUUAUUUCAUGUUCAGGUUAAUUGUGUAAAUCAGUCGAGGAUUAUUCACAAUUCAACGUUUCAUUGAUUAUUGAUUAACUUCUGACAUCUAACACGUACUUACAUUUCUAUUUUCAUCAGCUGAGGCUAUUUAGGAUGUAAAUGUUCAUUGGGAAAGAUUUUAAAUAUCAGAAAUAAAAAUAAUACAGUUUUGGGAUCUUUGCACUUUUUAACAAAAUAAAAUAAGAAUGUGACUUUACACAAUAAAUAUAAAGAUAACGCGGAGCGAGAGAGGAACCAG